AUGGGAAGCAGCGAUCGGGGCUAUCGGAGUUACGCCACCUUCAUCCUCUCCAAUGCGGCCGUCAUGAGCGAGGCUGCCAUGGACACCUUCACCUUUGCGAGUGCCUCGGAGGUCAAGACCAGUGUCAGCGUCAAGGUAGGCCGUCUCGAGGGCCACGAGAAAGCCUUGGCCUACUCGACUCUGCUACGCCAGCCCGAGCUGCGUCACCGAGGCUCCAACCUGAGCCCGACAUCCGAGCUCUAUGUCACCGCUCAAGUCUUCGCCGACAGUAAGCCCUUGACUGUACACGCUCAGACUCCGUACAAGACCUUCAAANAUGCCCGUGCCUGGAAUGAGUGGCUACGACUUCCGAUCGACUAUGCUCUGCUCCCGCUCAAUGCCCAGCUCGCAAUCACCGUCUGGGACCUGUCACCCGCCGGUACUCAUGGUGCAAGAGGCCAUCAUAUCCCCUUCGGCGGCACCACAAUCUCGCUCUUCGACGACGAUGGCACCUUAAGGAAGGGCAGGCAGAAGUGCCGCCUUUGGAGGCACAAGCAGGCCGAUGCCUUUUCCGACUCGACUACCCCGUGGGCUCCUUCUACCAAGCGUCGUCGUCGCAGCCACGGGAACCUCCAGCUUUUCGCCGACGACAAGCAUAGCCAGAGGGCUGCCGAGCUGGAACGACUACAAGGCCUUCUCAAGAGGCACGAGAUGGGUGAACUGUCCGAGCACAAGUGGCUGGACCAGAUGGUCUUUCGCCAGAUUGAGCGAUUGGAGCGAGCAAACAUCCGUGACGAUUCCAAAAUCCACGCCCAGCCGGGUGCUAACGGUCAUACACAAGAGGACUCUGCAAUCUUCUACCUCUACAUCGAGUUUCCCCGCUUCGACCACCCCGUCGUCUUCACCGACCACGAAUAUCCUCCUCCUCCAGUUUCGAGUGCUCGCGUACGUGCCGCUCCAGGCUCUGACGUUCGUCUGAAACCUCCGCCGGAGAUCCACGUCGGUCCUGGCAUCGACUCGAAAAAUCCAGGUUACGGCGACGCUCACGCUCCUCAUCUGAUUCGCAUAUACGAUCCUGAAGUCGGCUUCUAUGACAACCCUGCUGAGAUCAAACACCGCAGCCUGGUGCGAAACCAACGCAUCGGCAUGCUCGAUCGACAUCUCAAGCCCAAUCCAAAGACCAGAGAUCAACUUAAUCACAUCCUGUCAUAUGGUCCUACCACGGACCUGAGUGCUGAAGAAAGAGACAAGGUCUUCAAGUUCAGACAUUACCUCACCCGUGACAAACGUGCUCUUACCAAGCUGAUAAAAUCGACAUCCUGGAACGACGCAAAUGAGGUGCGUCAAGUCAUCCAGCUACUCCCCAAGUGGGAGGAGAUCGACAUCGACGAUGCCCUCGAACUACUGGGUCCUUCAUUUGACAACAAAGAAGUUCGCGCAUACGCUGUCGAUCGCUUGCGUAAGGCAGGUGACGAAGAGCUACUCCUAUAUCUCCUACAACUGGUCCAGGCUUUGAAAUUUGAGCCCGAAGUAAAAGCAAACGCGAACUUCGAUCAGUACGACUCAUCUCUAGCUAGCUUCCUUGUUGCUCGCUCCGCCGCCAACAUCUUCCUCGGCAACUACCUACAUUGGUACCUCAUGGUCGAGUUGGACGAAAGCUCCAAUGACGCACAGGCAGCUACUUUCAAGAAACUCUAUGCUCGUGUAUCAUAUGAUUUCAUGCAGGAGCUCGAGAAAACACCGGAAGGACAAGCGCGCCGCAAGACUUUGCUGCGCCAGGGUGAAUUCAUCACUGUUCNNUUGUCUCAACUUUGCGAAGAUGCGAGGAACAAGAAUGUUGAUCGCAUACGCAAAGUCGAGAAGCUCAAGAAGUCUCUUAUGGACCCCAAGAAUGAUCUCGUCAGGAUUGAUCCACCUCUUCCUCUGCCCCUCGAUCCCAAUGUGGAGAUCGUGGGCGCCGUACCUGACAAUGUGAAUGUCUUCAAGUCGACAUUGUCACCUUUAUUGCUCCAUUUCAGAACAACUAAAGGAGACAUCUAUCCUCUCAUCUUCAAAGUCGGCGACAACCUGCGUCAAGACCAACUGGUCAUCCAGAUCAUCACUCUGAUGGACCAACUACUAUUGAAAGAAAAUCUCAAUCUUCAACUGUCGCCAUAUCGUAUCUUGGCAACUGGGGCGCUCGCCGGUGCCGUUCAGUUCGUGUCAUCCAACCCUCUCUCUACCAUCCUGGGAAAUGCCAAAUACAGCAACUCGAUCCUUGGCUACCUUCGUGAGCAUAACCCAGAUGGUGCGGCCCCUAUGGGUGUGCGUAAAGAAGUGAUGGAUACCUAUGUCAAGUCCUUGGCUGGCUACUGUGUUAUUACAUACCUGCUAGGUGUGGGCGACCGUCACAUGGACAACUUGCUUCUCGCUCCAGAUGGCCAUUUCUUCCAUGCCGACUUUGGCUACAUCCUUGGUCGCGAUCCCAAACCUUUGGCGCCCAGCAUGAGACUCAGUGUCGAGAUGAUUGAUGGUCUAGGCGGUAGUCCCGACCGAAACCCGAGUAAUCCUGACAGCAGAUUCGAUGAGUUCAAGCAGUACUGCUUCACUGCCUUCACCACACUACGUCGCUCAUCGAAUCUCAUACUCAACCUCUUUGCACUUAUGCAGGACGCCAAUAUCCCUGAUAUCAAGCUCGCUGGUGAUCAAGCUGUCAAGAAAGUGGAAGAGAGAUUCUGUCUGCAGCUCAGCGAGGAAGAAGCCAUUACGUUCUUUGACAACCUCAUCAGCAGGUCGUUCGAGGCGUGGGGUCCGGUGCUCAUCGAUGGUAUACAUGAUUUCAUGCAACGUAUCAAAGCGUAA